UUGAGAAAAUUCUCCUCGACUUGAGUUGCGGUUUGUCGUUAUGUUGCUCGAGGUACUUUAUGUAGUUUUGAUGUCCAGUGUACUGUAUAAGGAUCAAACCUAUCUUUAAGUUUAAUUUCAGUAAGAAUACUGAGUGUGAAGUAUUAUUGAUAAAUGAAAGCUCUCCUUACAAAAAAAAAAAAAAACAAAAAAAAAAACAAAAAACGGGGAAAAUGUACCUUCUGAAUUUACAAAGUUGUUUUUAUGUCAGUCAUUAUUUCCCGUUAAGUUAACUUCAUAGAUGACUCCCGCUAAUAAUAACCCUGUCCGUUCUAUGUGCGUGCUCAGUCUGGUACACUGUCCGUGAUGUGUGACAGAGAGCAGAACAUGAAGGCAGGAUGACGUCAGUAAUGAUCUCCUCCUCCUCUCUGGUCCUCCUUCUCCUGCUUCUUCUCCUCCUCCCCUCUUUGCUGCUGUUUGGCCCUUCUGCUUCCUCAGGACUUCCAUCAUGGAAAAACUAAAUGCGCUCCGGACGUUUAACUUGAUCAAAUGGCUCAGAGACGAGAGACAGUCGAGGAAACUGAUUAUAUUUAUUGUUUUUGUCGCGCUGCUUCUGGACAACAUGUUGCUGACUGUAGUCGUCCCCAUCAUUCCCAGUUAUCUGUAUGACCUGGAUGCAGCAGCGCAGAACCUAACCAGGACAAAAAAGGAACCUCCAGGAACCUUCCAUAGAAUCGUUUCUCUGUACGACAACACGACUGUGUCCUCUACCGUGGCCCCUACGAACCCGUCUGCUGCAGCGAUGUCACAAAACGAUACAAACUGUGUCAUGUCCGACAACACGUUGAUGGGUGAAAAUGUCAAAGUGGGAUUGUUGUUCGCAUCCAAAGCUACCGUUCAGCUCAUCACCAACCCUUUCAUAGGACCACUGACUAACAGAAUAGGAUAUCAGCUUCCUAUAUUUAUUGGCUUCUGUAUCAUGUUCGCCUCAACAAUCAUGUUUGCCUUUUCGAAGACCUACGCCUUGCUGUUUAUAGCAAGAUCGCUCCAAGGUAUAGGCUCAUCCUGCUCAUCUGUGGGCGGAAUGGGAUUGCUGGCCAGCGUGUACACAGAUGAUGAGGAACGGAGCGAAGCUAUUGGUAUCGCCUUGUCUGGCCUGGCACUGGGAGUAUUAAUUGGGCCCACAUUUGGCAGUGUGAUAUAUCAGUUUGUUGGAGAGACAGCUCCUUUCCUUAUUCUGGCUUCCCUGGCUCUUUUGGACGGAGCACUGCAACUUUGUGUUCUUCGGCCCACGAAGGUUAAACCAGAGAGUCAGAAGGGCUCAUCGUUGCUGACACUGAUGAAAGAUCCAUAUAUUUUAAUUGCAGCAGGUGCCAUUUGUUUUGGAAAUAUGGGCAUUGCAAUGAUGGAACCAACACUGCCUAUCUGGAUGAUGCAAACCAUGUGUCCUAGUAAAUGGCAGCUAGGCGUCGCUUUCUUACCUGCGUCUAUCUCCUAUCUUAUUGGAACCAACAUCUUCAGCAGAGUGGCGCACAAGAUGGGAAGAUGGCUCUGUGCUAUGAUCGGAAUGGUGUUGGUUGGAGUCAGUGCGAUUUGUGUUCCAAUAGCCAGAGAUUUGUAUGGACUUAUUCUUCCAAACAUUGGUAUUGGCUUUGCUUUAGGCAUGGUUGAUUGCUCCAUGAUGCCCAUAAUGGGGUACCUGGUGGACCUGCGACAUGUGUCUGUUUAUGGAAGCGUGUAUGCCAUUGCUGAUGUGGCUUUCUGCUUGGGAUUCGCUUUUGGGCCAUCAAUUGGAGGACCCAUAGCUGCAACCAUUGGCUUUCCCUGGCUGAUGACCAUAAUAGGAGUCGUGUGUGUCUUGUAUGCACCACUGUGUGUCUUCCUCAGGGAUCCACCGGGACAGGAAGAGAAAAUUGCUAUAUUGUCGGACACCAACAGUUCAAUGAAGAUGACCACGUACUCAACACCUGGAGGUCACCAUCAGGCUGAAACCAUGGACCAAGAAUAUGACGAAUACGAUUAACAAUCACACCAGUGAUGCAGAUGUAGAAAAAAGGGAACCUAGGGAAAAAAUAGCAUUGAAACAUCAGCCAAGAUAUUUCUAUCUGAAUGUCCCAGCGUCGGUCUUCACUGUUUAGUGUCUUCUUCGUUGUAGUAUACUGGAGCAAACCAAAGUUUUGUUUUUGCCCUGUGGUUGCAAGUGCUUUGUGUGAGAGAUUUGUUUUGCCAACAGCCUUAUUUAAUUUGAAGACAUGCGUCAUAAAGCACUUUAGACAAAGGAAGGUGCUGACAGUAAGUGAAGAGUGUGUUUACAUUUUAGUGGUGAAUGGGGUAAAUAUAUAUGGCGUAAAGUUUAUGUAAAGUCAAUGGAAGGUGCUGGGCAUCUAUUGUCUAUGUGGAGGUCAUUUAUUGGACAAAAAUCAAACUAUAUAUGUACAUGUAAGGACAUAUUAAGGGGGUGCAACAAUACAUCUUUCGGCUCAGUGGAUCUGUGCUCGACUACUUCUCCUUAGGCAACGUCGUUGAGUUCAGAUCCACUAAGCUGUGCCUCCCUACAUGCAUUUACACUGAGGUGCCACGAAAACCACUCGAUGCAACAUGGCCAAUAACUCAAAUUAGGGGUGAGAUUCAUUGUACUUUGAUUUGAAAAUUCAAUUAUGAUAAAUGUUCAAAAACAAUUAUUUAUUACAACUAAAUGACAGUGAGGACAAUAAAAGUCACACAUACUACCCAGAAAGAUUCUUAAAUGUGGCCAGUCAAUAUAUACCUUACCAUGAAUCUUUAGUUUCUGGGCAUGCCACCUUAAAAAAAUUUCUAAGGUGGUCCCUUCUUGAUUAAGAAACGGACUACGGUCGCUGUUCAUUAAAGAUUCUCUUUUGAUCUCUCUAUUUAUUAUUACUAAAUACGUUAGCAUUUGUGUAUUUAGUAAGUACGUUUAGUAAGUCUUUGUAAUAUAAGAAUGCACCACAGAAGAAGAAUGAUUUAUCAGAUGCAUUUGUUUUGUUAUUAUUUUGACAAGAUGCUAUAUUCGUUCGAUAUUUCUAAGCAGGUAUAACUAAACCAGAUAUAAUUUAUUUUUAUGGAAAUGGGAAUUUUUAAUCCAUAAAAGCGUGACACUUAAGUAUUGAACUGAACCAAAAAUUUUAAGUAUCG